CGCUGCUGCUGCCUGAGGGCGGCGGGGAGAGAGGCCGCGCACCGGCAUCGGGGGAAGCCUCCCCUCCGGGCUGGCAGUGGCUGCUAUGGAGCAGAGCUACGGCGAGGUGAACCAGUUGGGCGGCGUGUUCGUGAACGGGCGUCCCCUGCCCAACGCCAUCCGGCUGCGCAUCGUGGAGCUGGCCCAGCUGGGCAUCCGUCCCUGCGACAUCAGCCGGCAGCUGCGGGUCUCGCACGGCUGCGUGAGCAAGAUUCUGGCCCGCUACCACGAGACCGGCUCCAUCCUGCCGGGGGCCAUCGGGGGCAGCAAGCCCCGCGUCACCACCCCCAACGUGGUCAAGCACAUCCGGGACUACAAGCAGGGCGACCCGGGCAUCUUUGCCUGGGAGAUCCGCGACCGCCUCUUGGCCGACGGCGUCUGCGACAAGUACAACGUGCCCUCCGUCAGCUCCAUCAGCAGGAUCCUCCGCAACAAGAUCGGCAGUCUCUCGCAGCCCGGAGCAGCCCCCACGGCCGGAGGAGGGGGCGGAGGAGGCGGAGGGGGGCCCUACGAGGGAGGGGGCAGCUGCAAGCACCCUGCCCCGCCGCAACCCGCCCUGCCCUACAACCACAUCUACCAGUACCCUUACCCCGCCGCCGCCGCCAAGCUGGGAGGCCACCCGGGGGUCCCGCUCUCCGCCGCCCACGUCAGCCUGCCCCGCUCCUGGCCCUCGGCGCACUCCGUCAGCAACAUCCUCGGCAUCCGGGCCUUCAUGGAGCAGAGCGGGGCUCUGGCCGGGACGGAGGGGCCUGCCUACCCUCCCAAACUGGAAGACUGGCCCAGUGCGAACAGAACCGCCUUCCCCGCCGCCGGGCAAGCGGUCAGCGCUCUGGAUAAAGCGACCGCAGAUACAGAGAUGAAAUACCCGCAGCCUGCCCCCGGUCUCUCGGCGGUGAGCCCCUUCCUCUCUCCCUGCGCCUACCCCUCCGCCAACCAGGCAGGGGUCUACGCGGGGCCCGGCGGCGGCGGGGGCAGCUACCUGGGCCCGGCACACCACCACCCCCCUUGGCAGGCGCAGGGCGGCCCCUUGGCCCACCACCACGGGCCCGGCGUGGGACUCCACGGCGGAGGAGGAGAGCUGCCCGCCUCCGGGGCUUUCAAGCACCCCACCCGAGAAGCAGCCGGGGACCGGAAGCAAGCCGCCAGCUCGGGGUCCAAGGCUCCCUCCGACGCCCUGGCCGAUCUCCACGGACUGUCAGUUCCAGCCUCCUCAUCCUAGAAGGGAGAAAAGCGGCCAAGGGCGCCUAACAAAGCAAAGGAGACACUUGCUUCAGAGGGUGGAAGGAGCCGGAGAAGCUUCCCUGUCCUCGCUGUGGCCAACGUGGGAGGACUGGUGUCGCCGCCGACAGGCGAGUCUGCGCAGUCCGGCGGGGGCCACGCGACCCCUUCCCCUAUGUCUUCGUGGCGCAGUCCCGCCCACGCGGGCGAGACAGGAGCCGGACUGGCGGACUUGCGUUUGAUUGACUGGCACGCAAAGCUGCCCCAAGGCAGGCAGAGAACCAGCAGAGGGUCGCCUUUGGAUGUACGAAGCCGAAGGGCACCCCAAUGAUGACCUUCGAAGGAGUUGCAGAGAAAUCUAAAUGGCACCUCCUCCCUGUCCAAGACUGUGAACAGCAGCGACAAUAAUAGUAUCAUGACUUUAUUUUUGAGUUUUAUACAAAUGCCCUUAGCUUCCAUUACAGUCCGGGCCCUUCCACACAGCCAUGUAACCCAGAAUAAUAAGACAGACAAUCCCACAAUAUCUGCUUUGAACUGGUUAUCUGAGGCCCCUUCCAGACAUGCCCUCUAACCCAGGAUCUGAUUCCAGGUUUUCUGCUUUAAAUUGGAUUAUUUGACUCCACGCUGCCAGAAAGACAGAAAACCUGGAAUCAGAUUCCAGGAUUUAGGGCCUGCCUGGAAGGGCCCUGAGUCUACACUGACAUAUAACCCAGUUCAAAGCAGCAAAUACAGGAUUUAAUUCAGCUGUGUGGAAGGGGUCUCAGUUGGUACUAUUUUCCUCUGUGUGGUUUUAUUUCAAGUGGGGUUGACUCACAUUAUCAUGGAAAUGAAAUACAGGUUUGGCAUCUCUUACUUGAAAUGCUUGGGAUCAGAAAUGUUUUGGAUUUCUGAUAUUUUCGCCAUGGUUUUGCAAAAUCUGUAUUUGCAGAUAUUUACCUUAUGGGAUAUCUUGGAGAUGGAACCCCAGUCUAAACAUAUAGGCCCCUUCUACACUGCCAAAUUAAAUCCAGAUUAUCUGCAUUGAACUGGAUUAUAUGGCAGUGUAGACUCAUAUAAUCAAAUUCAAAGCAGAUAAUGUCUAUUAUCUACAUUGAUAAUCUGGAUUAUAUGGCAGAGUAGAAGGGGACAUAGCCGGAAGGCAAUUUUAUAUGCACUCUUUUAAUAAUUUUGUGCAUGACACAACGUUUGUGGGCACUGGAGCAACAGAAAGGGAAAAUGUCACUAUCUCAGGCCCCUUCCACACAGCUGAAUAAAAUUCCACAUUUUCUGCUUUGAACUGGAAUAUAUGGCAGUGUAGACUCAGAUAGCCCAGUUCAAAGCAGAUAGUGUGGGAUUUUCUGCCUUGAUAUUCUGGGUUAUAUGGCUGUGUGGAAGGGCCCUGGAUCUACACUGCCAUAUAAUCCAGAUUAUCAAAGCAGAUAAUCCACAUUAACUGCUUUGAAUGGGAUUAUAUGAGCCCACACUACUGUGUGCAAGGGCCCUCAGGUACCCAUCUGGACCAUUUCAAACUCUGGAAGAUUAUGGAAUUUUGGAUAAGGGAUGCACAAUCUGUACUUGGAUCGAAACCAAACGAUUUUCACUCAAGAAAGUGUCACAAAGGCCCCCUUCCACACAGCUGUAUAAAAUCCACAUUGAAUUAAAUUAUAUGGCAAUGUGAACUCAAGCAACCCAGUUCAAAGCAGAUAUUGUGGAUCAUCUGCCUUUAUAUUCUGGGUUAUAUGUCUGUGUGGAAGGGCCCAAAAAGUUUUUUUUAAAAAUGGGAAUCAAAUGAUUUUUCUAUCCCAUCCUAUUUUGUUACAGUCAUCUUUAUUAAAUGUGGGUUCCAUCAAUAGCAAACACUGGGAGACUAAACCAAAGUUUGCUAGAUACCUUGCAAAUACAGUUUUUGGACCAGGGCUAUUUCAUUGUGAAGAAUUUUAAAACUGGCAUAUGAGCACAACUGCAUUAUAAUUUUCAAUGUGUUAUCGAAGGAUUCCAUGGGCAGAAUCACUGGGUUGCUGUGAGUUUUCCAGGCUGUAUGGCUAUGCUCCAGAAGCAUUCUCCCCUGACAUUUCACCCACAUCUAUGGCAGGUUUUUAUAUCUGUGGAAUGUCCAGGGUUUGUUUGUUUGAGGCAAGUGUAAAUGUUUCAGGAAACAGCCAGGUUUUGAAGCUGCAAUGCUAAUCAAAACAAGGCAGCCAAUUGCAACAUUCACACUUGCCUCAAACAGACAAGAGUUCUUUCUCCCACCCUGGACAUUCCACAGAUAUAUAAACCCCAUUGAUUUAGUUUCUAACAGUGAAUGCGUGCCAUAGUUGUGGGCAAAACGUCAGGAGAGAAUGCUUCUGGAACAUGGCCAUACUGCCCGGAAAACUCACAGCAACCCAUUAUAAUUUUCCUCUUUCUUUUCCUUAUGCUGAUUGAACAGUAUUCAUAAGAUCUUAACAUCAUAAAAUGCUCAAGUCUCCCUUUGUCAGUUAUAAAUUUGCCUCUAAUCCUUAAUGUAAAAGGGCAAGUAGCAAGUCCCCUCUUCCCAAUUUUAUAUUUUUAUAACAAGCCAAUAAAAGACUGAUAAGAAUCCUGA